CAGCGCGCAGGGGCGCGUGGAAGCUUAAUGCCUCAGGGACUGGGGAACCUCCGGGAUCACGGAAUACCGGUGUUUCCCUCGGUCUCCGCCUCGGGAACUUGGGCGCCCUUCCCCCAUUAUCCCCAUUCCCACCCCCACCCCCGCAACCAUCUCCCGCCCCUCCCCACCUCCACCCCCCCGCCCUCCGUCGCGUGACCAGCGAGGAGCAGCGCCGACGCAGAACCCCCUCGGCGCCCCCCGGGCCCCAGACCGGGCCGGGCGUGGAAGUGGUAACUAUGGAGAACAUGGCGGAGGAGGCGGCGCAGCUGCCGCCUCCAGAAGCGAAGCUCGAGCUCAAGCUGGAGCCCGAGCCGGAGGAGGCGGCCCCAGGGGCUGCUGCGGAGAGCAAUGGACUAAUUAAUCCUGCGAAACUAAGCAGCAGCAGUCAUGAUGAAGAUGUAUCUGAAAUGGAAUUGAAGACUGAUGAGAAAGAAGCGGAACAGGAAGUCCUGAAAGAGCCUUACAGCAUCCUGGCUUCAUCUGAUUUAUCAAGAGAAAAACACAUCUCAAUUCAAAGACAGCUGAUUGAUCUAGAGAAAUUAGCUUACCUGAGUGAAGGUGAAUCUGCCUCUGCCGUGUCCUCAUCAAACACAGACCAGCUUGAUGCAGCUGGUAAAAAACUUUGUCCAUUAUGCCCUGAGGAAAAAUUCAGAGCUUGUUAUAGCCAUAAACUUCAUCGUCACCUGCAGAAUUUACACUGGAAAGUUUCUGUAGAAUUUGAAGGUUACAGGAUGUGCAUCUGUCACUUACCUUGUCGACCAGUGAAACCGAACCUCAUUGGAGACCAGACAUCUAGUAAGAUGGGGGCCCAUUAUCACUGUAUCAUUUGUUCAGCAACCAUCACACGAAGAACUGAUAUGAUAGGACAUAUUAAACGCCAUGUGAAUAAAGGAGAAACUGAAUCCAGAUAUAUUGCAGCCUCUGCUGCUAAACCACCCCGUGAAGUGUUGAAAGAAGCAGACACUGACAUACAAGUUCUUCCUAACUAUUCUACACCUCAGAAAACAGAUUCUUAUUUUAAUCCAAAAAUGAAAUUAAACAGGCAACUGAUAUUCUCCACGCUGGCCGUGUUGGCUGAGGAACGAAAGCCUUUGGAAUGUUUGGAUGCUUUUGGGGCCACUGGCAUAAUGGGAUUACAGUGGGCAAAACACCUUGGGAAUGCAGUCAAGGUUACUAUUAAUGAUUUUAAUGAAAACUCUGUGACGAUGAUUCAGGAAAAUUGCCAUUUAAACAAAAUGAAAGUGGUGUUGGACAGUAAAGAAGAGGAUGAGUGUGAUGAAGCUCUUGAAGAAGGAGAGGAAAACGUUGGUGCUAUUGAAGUGACCAGAAUGGAUGCCAACGUACUAAUGCACUUGAGAUCAUUUGACUUUAUACACUUGGACCCAUUUGGAACAUCAGUGAACUAUCUAGAUUCUGCCUUCAGAAAUGUAAGGAAUCUUGGGAUAGUGUCAGUAACUUCAACAGACAUCAGUUCUUUAUAUGCAAAGGCUUUACAUGUGGCCCGGCGACACUAUGGCUGUAACAUUGUGCGAACUGAAUACUACAAGGAACUGGCAGCCAGAAUUGUUGUGGCUGCCGUGGCAAGAGCCGCAACUCGUUGUAAUAAAGGUAUAGAAGUAUUGUUUGCAGUAGCCCUGGAACAUUUUGUCCUUGUGGUUGUGAGAGUUUUGAGGGGUCCUACCCCAGCUGAUGAAACAGCAAAGAAAAUUAGAUACCUGAUUCACUGUCAGUGGUGUGAAGAGAGGAUUUUUCAGAAGGAUGGUAAUAUGGUAGAAGAAAACCCAUAUAGACAGCUGCCAUGUGACUGCCAUGGAAGCAUGCCUGGAAAGACAGCAAUAGAACUUGGUCCUUUAUGGUCAGGUUCCCUCUUUAAUACUGGAUUCCUCCGAAGAAUGCUGUUUGAAGCGGUUCAGCAUGGUUUAGACGACAUUCAGCCCCUAAUAAAGACUUUAAUCUGUGAGGCAGAGUGCACCACUCUAAAACAGUUUUCAAUUCAUGCACCUACAAGUCUCAAUAAGCAAGAGGAAUGUGGUGUAGUUAUUAAAACUCCAGAUACUGGAACAGAUUAUUAUGUUGUACAUGGGAAGAGGAAAAGUAAUGAAAUAUGCAGAAAUGCUACCAAGAAACAGAAGGCCGACAUCAACGCCGAACACCCUUCCUUCUACUACAACAUCCAUAGACACAGUAUCAAGGGGAUGAACAUGCCGAAGUUAAACAAGUUUCUGCAGUAUCUUUCCCAAGCCGGCUUCCGGGUGAGCCGCACCCAUUUCGAUCCCAUGGGAGUCCGUACAGAUGCGCCACUGAGCCAAUUCAAAGCUAUCCUUAUGAAGUACAGUGCACCCACCUAUGCUGGAGGACAGUCAGAGGGUCACAUACAGUCAGCAACUGAUGGUACGAGAACAGACUCCAUUCCUAUGUCAGUGGAUGGCGGAGCUGAUGAGGCCACGGGGAACGAUAAAUCCAGUGAUGAGAGCUUGUUCCCAGAUGUCCUGACAGAUGACUGGAGCACUCCUGUUCUGUGAUGUAACAAAUAUAAAACAGUCAUAUUUUUAUAUAGAAACCUCAGCAGUUUCUAAUUGGUUUCUGAGUGGGUUUGGAGAGCUAUGCUUUGAAACUUUCUUAUUCUAAAGGAGACAGUUUCAGAAGUUUACAGAUGUUUCAUGUGAUACAAAUUUUGUGGUUGAUGUCACCCCUCUGGUUAAAUAACUUGGAAGAGUUUCA